AACACUUGUAUCCAAAACGAGAGUACUGUGCCACCUUGUACAGUACUCAGCGCUGGAAGUGAAGCAGACGGAGAACCGACGGAUGAUUUGAGCUUGUGAUGUCAUGAGUGCUCUCCAUUGUGCGCUCCUUUACUUGCAGAAUCAACCAGCACGGCAGCUCAAGCCACUUGCAAGCCCUCAGCCUGGUAGAUCUUCGGCCCGUACCAUCCUUCGUCUGUGCUGCUGGCCGAUUCUGUCCGAGGCAGAAUGUGCGAUUCUGCCUGGUUCUGCGAUUCAGACGUGAUGUGGAAAGAAGAGAUUAAAUCCCUCGUCGUGGACCGAUCGAUACCCAGGAAGCUGAACCAAAACCGUCGUCAUAGGGGCGUCGUGAUUUCUUGUGGCAUGGCUGCCACUUCAUGUACUUGCAAAGAAUCAUCUUUCCUCAUUUCUGUCUUUCAUCAAAGAAUCGUGUACCCACAAAUUGUGUCUUAUGAACUCUGUCAAAUAAUUCUGAAUGUGAGAACCACUUACUUUUUAAGAAACUCGAUAUUCUGGCAGGAGCUGUUUCAUGCCAUAAGAAUUGCUGAUCGAGUAUACACGGAACGUGCACAGAUCCAUGAUCGUCGUCUUAUGCACUAUAAUAUCAGAAUGAUACUCUACAGAUUAUGCAUGAAGAUUCCUCGAGGUAGAGCUAAAGCAUUCCGUGGGGCUAAAGCAUGCCGAAGCUCCGAAUCGGCCGAUCACGUGCCACGUUCGUAAGAAACAGUCUCGCAGUGCGCCAAGCAACUAUUCUUCUCUCUGAUCUCUGAGACAAGUUUGAAUCUCUGGUCGUAAGCCUUGGUGCUGCUUGGAACUUGGAAGAGGUUAAGCGGCGGUAAGCGUGUGCUGCUCUGGGGAGUCAGCGCAUUUGGAAGACUAUGAAGACGAUAUCCGAAGGAUCAGACCCCAAACAGUAGCCCAGUUGGCGUGCACGGAGGGUGAAGACUACAUCAGUGCAACUUUCUCCGGUGUUUGGCGCUGCAGUUGGGAUUGCACAAGCUUCGCUCGCGCAUGGACUGGAUGAUGUAGACUUGAAGCUUCGAGUGAGUUGGGCAAGUCGAGCUCGAAUGGUCACACGUGAAGCUUCAACAACUUGCAGAGCAUUUGGAGAGGGAUCAGAGGAAGGGUCUCGUCUCGGCACACGACAAGUGGAGAUUCAGUCAACAAUCCAGGAGCUCGAGAGAAUUUGAAGAGCGAGCAGAGGGAGGAAGGUUGAGUAAUGGGAAUUGUACUAUUGAAGCUUCCAGUGAGUUUGGCAAGUCUAGCUCAAAAGAGAACAAGUGGAUUUUCAGCGUCCUGUAAACCAUGAGGAGAGAGAACAGAGGAAGGUUCUCGUCUCAGCACACGACAACUGGAGCUUCAGUCAACAAUCCAGAAGCUUGAGAGCAUUUGAAGAGCGAACAGAUGAAGGUCGAUCCGCAGGAUUCCGCAAGGGGGUCGGACAGGAACACAUUUCCAAGCAGAGAGAAGUUCUGUCACCAAAACGACCGUAGGAAUCGAUUCGAUUGGGAUUGUCUCGUAACGCUUGCCAUUUCACUCCAAAUGCCAUAUCCGUAACAGUUGCGGGGGAGUGCAGCAGCAGCAGAAUGUGAAGUACAUGAACAUCUGCGGGAACUGAAUGGCUGGGCACAAGGCUCCUGGCCGCCGCUGGUAUGUCGAGGCUAGAAGCGAAGGACAGAAUCAUAUGCAGGCUCGACAUUUUAGUGAACAUCUUCUGUCGCAGCCGGAGAAUGUAGUACAAGAGCCAUUGAUUUGCCCUGAUUGAAAUCUGGUCCGGAAUAACCAUUGAAAUCUGUCAUUGAGUUUCGUUCAGGAACAGAGGAAGCUAGCUCGAGCUACAGGUGCCCUGAGUUGGUGUUAGAAUGGAGGCGAUGGUGAAUUGGGAGUCAUCGUGGCUCUCGUACCUGGUGGCUGCGAUCACUACCGUCGUAGCAAUACUGCUGUACUUCCGACUCUCGCACUGGCAGGAAUCUCGUGCUGACCGCGAGCGCAACCUUCCUCCUGCUCCCUACUACUAUCCUUUGGUGGGCAAUCUGCCAUCGCUGGUGGGAGACUUCCCCUUCAAGAGCUUGGCCAAGCUGUCAUGGAACAACAGAUGGCCCAUAUUCAGGUUGAAGCUAUCGGGGCAUGCUGGGCCUUCGACGUAUGUCAUCUCCAGUCUAGAGCUGGCGCAUGAAGUGCUGAAAAGCUCUGGGCUCGAGUUCGCCUGUCGGAACGUGGGUGUGAACUUCGCCUUCCGAAUGCUGUCGCAGGACGCCAGAGGUGCUCCGAGAGGAGUUUCUGGCAACACUCUCAGAGGCACUUGGCGCAACGCCAGACGAGUGAUGGUGAACGGACUCGUCCAGACCAGGAAAGUGUUCGGCGAUGCUUUGCUCGUCCGAGACCUGGAGCAAAGCUUCCGAGCACUGGAGGCAGAUGGCCACGCCGAUGGCCACUAUGUCCACGUUCUCCUGCCGCACAUCGCUCAAUAUCUUGUCAACCAUACUCUGCACUUCGUGUAUGGGUACCAGGGUGAGAAUUCGAUGGGCCAGCAAAUCAAUGCUCACAACGAGACCGUCGUCAUGUGCUUGACCAAAGCUCAGCAGUGUCUUUUCUUUCCCAUCUUGCAGCCUUUUCUGCAACCCCAGUACACCAAAGUUAUGGAGCAAACCUUGCAGCGAAAGUACCAACUGCAUGAAACUCUUCUUUCACAACGGGAGAUAAUUCGUGCAAAGCAAGGAAAUUCCUCUUGGUACUUUUGUGAUACUUGUCUGGAGGCUGAGAAGACGGGUGAAAUCACUCACGAUGACGCCCUCCACAUAAUCGACGAAAUUUUUCUGGCAGGAGUGAUGACCACAGCAGCCACCAUCGAGUGGGGUCUGGGUGAGCUGGUUAACCAACAGGGCAUCAUCAAGAAGCUUCAGCAAGAAAUGGACGCCAUGAUAGGCGUUGGAGUGCCACUGCGUGCCAACGACAUAGACAGACUUCCAUACUUGAAAGCCACCAUCAAAGAAAUAUUUCGCAUGCAUCCGGCCGUGCCUCUGCUGGUUCCUCAUAUGAAUCCAGAAGAUGCAAAGCUCGGGUCCUACGACAUUCCGAAAGAAUCGCUGGCGAUGGUCAACGUAUGGAAGCUUCAGCGAGAUCCUGAAUUGUGGCACGAGCCCAAUGUCUUCAACCCUGACAGAUUCCUGGAGCAUCCUGAAAUUGAUGUCUGCGGCAUGGAUAACCGACUGCUCCCUUUCGGGGCCGGAAGACGCAUGUGUCCAGGCCUGUCAGUGGGCUUGCUCAAUACCCAGAUGUGGAUCGGCCGCCUCGUUCAGAGGUAUCACAUCACUCUUCCCCAGGGAGUGCAGAAUUUGGAUCUGACUCCGAAGUUUGGAGCAUCCGUUGUUAUAAAAAACGGACUUCGAGUGUGUUUGAAGAGACGCCAGUAGUCGAUCCAAUUUCAGCUUUGUUGCUAGUUGGCCACCUAUGGUCUUCAGAUGAUCCAGAAGUUCCGUUUUGCAGACAUCAAAAGAAUUGGACCAAGUCAUCCGUGUCCAAAGACGUGUAAAUAUGCUGUACAAGAUUUCUACAUAAUAGACAGCAAAACUGUCAGUUGUAUAGUCGGCAGUAAUGGUUUCAGAGGUAUCGUUCUGCAGACUUCAACAGAAUCGGACCAAGUCAUCCGAGUCCAGUGAGGUGUAAAUAUGCUGUAAAAGUUCUCUACGAAAUAGACAACAGAACUGUCAGCUGUAUAGUCGGCAGUAAUGACUUCAGCUGCAUUACCUUUCUUCGGCAGAGUUUAGGCGCAAAGUUUGUCCAACGAGACGACUCGCUUGCUUACCAUGUUGUGCUUACGGAGUCAGACAAAUAGCACGCCAUGGUACAGCCCUGUAUCGAAAAUGUAUCUACCAUCUUUUACCACUUAUACAGUCGAGAGCUUAACUUCGAUCGGAAAACUGCGAAUUCAGGUAUUCAGAUUGUCAUGAAAACAGCUCUCACUACGCUAGUAUUUGACCGUCAGAGUCAGAAGAUUUUAGACCCCGCUCUGUUACUGGCCUUGCCAGUAACAGAGUACGAGGGAUGGAGCAGUAGAGUUAUGAGGAGAUUAAGACUAAGGGACUCAAGAGUCAUUGCUAUUUGAGCUCUUAGAGGACCUCUCUUAGCUUAUUUUGGAAAGAUUUGUCCCGAACGAUGAGCUUGGUCCGAAGUUGCAACUGCAAGUGUCAGCCCAGAAACCUUCACCAGCUCAUGAACCUGUCCAGGUCUACAGCCUCAUAAAGAUGUCAAUGACCAAGUACCCAGAGUCAGGACUUGAAAUUGUGAACACACUUCAGUCUUGAAGAACUUCAUUACAUUAUUUAUCAACAAGGAC